AUGUCGGAAUACUACAACCCCGGUAUACCUCCGGAGGAUGAGAACCAGAAUCAAACUGGAUAUCAGGGUCAAAAUCCAGGCCAAUAUCAGGAUCAAAAUAACGGGAUACAGAGAAAUCAGUGGGAUCCAAGUUUGAGCUAUCCAGGUUCCAUCGAGCCCGGUCGGGUUGGCUUCGCACCGAACGCUGGCCCGGCCACUUGGGGACAGCAACCUCAACUACAUCGGAUGCCCCAAGAGCACGAGAUGGAGCAAAUACACCCCAGGAAUCAGUGGCAUGCAAUGAAACAGACGAACCAGAGAAACCAGAGAAAUCAAAUGCAAAAUAUGUACCAGAUACCUCCACAUAUUGCAAACCCGGCUCCAGCUCCAGCUCCAGCUUCGUGGUAUGGAUACAACAAUCUUCUCCAUGGAAUGGAUCUAGCCAAUAUGUCUGCUAUUGAACUCUUAAACCGAUUUCCUAUUUUUUUCGGUCAGCCUAACCCUGCUUGGAGUAAUACUGGCAAUGAUUCUGAUGCAUGUGUUGGAUCUGUGUCUGUUCAAAAUCAACAACAUGGAGGUCAACCCAUUGCAGUUUAUCCCAAUGGGGGUCAUUCCAACGGGGGCUACCCUAUUCACGGUCAUGCCAUUCCUCCUCCUCCUCCAUCUCAGCCAUCGCCUGCUGCCCCAUCUACAGGUGGACGCAGAAAGAGAGGUCGGGCAGCUUCUCCAAAUACUACGGCGCCCGCUCCGAAAAGGACGAGAAAUCUCGCGCCAAACGCAUCUGGCACCGAGGGAGAUAACGCCAACAGUUCUAGAAUCCCUGAUCCAACUCCAAACACAACGUCAACUCCAUCAAGACAGCCCCAGAGAACCAGGAAACGGAAAGCAGAUAUCGAUGAGGAGGACGACGAUGACGAAGAUGAUCUUCCCUCGGAUCCCAGGCCGCCAAAGAAGCCCAGGAGGCGACCGGGUGCCACCAAGAAGGACAAGGUCGAUGACGCCGAGGCAGGCAAUUCUCGCAGGAAUCGCAAGAAAGAAGACAAUGAACUGGUCGAUCCAGGGACGAUUUGCAACUUCUGUGCUACCCACCCUGCGGCCUACGCCGCCAACCCGGUCUGUGACUGGGAACAGGUUCCCAACAGGAACGGCCCCGAGAUAUACAAUAUAGAAUGCAGCAACUGUGCCAACUAUCGCUCUCGAAACAAGGACCACACAGAGCUCGCCAAAACAGACGACCAUAUGUGUCGUGUUCGAGGCCCCACAACGCCUUUGAUCAACUUCGAGUACAAAAGAUACGGCGAUCGCGAUCCUCGAACAUAUGUGAAGAAGACUUGCAACCAUUGUACCAGAAAGGGUUGGGAAGAGACGUGCGAUGUCGAUACGAUACUAGGCUAUUAUUGCCUCAAUUGUCGAAAACUGGGGAGCUGCGAGGUUGACAAGUCUGUGUUGCCCAUGAGACGGCCAAACAAGCUCACACGUCGACCGUGGUACCGACAUCCCUGCGAUCGCUGUCUCUUGCGUCACAAGACGUUCGGUGAGAUGAAGGGAGACGAGUGCUGUAGCUGGAUCACCAACAGGUCAGAGUGGGAGGACAACCGAGCCUGUAGACAAUGUCAACGGGACGGGGCGAAAUGUUUGGACCUUGGAACUCCCAUGGCCUCCUUUUCUCAAACUACCUGGCCAUCGAGCUGGAAGAUACGCACCGAGUUCGAGAAGGGAGGGAAAUGGCAUGAAUAUGCGAAAGUGGCAACGGACACAGCUUGGAGAAAGCCGUGUCAGGCGUGCCAGACAGCUGGGAAAGGCACUGACUGUCUGGUCAUGUGGAUCCAGCCAGACCACGCGUGUGAGCGCUGUACGCAGUUUGGUAUUGACUGUUGGGUCCCAGAAGGUGAUGAUUUUCGACCGUAUCCAAUCUUCGAUUUGAGCAGGGUUGGUUUCGGACAAUUCACCCCGUUCAAGGUCUGCAAGCAAUGUGCAGAGGCUGGGAGAAACUGUGACCGACAAAGACCAUGUGAUAGUUGCAGACAUCACAAAGCGAAAUGCGAUCCAAUGAGUUACGACAAACCUGGAUGUAUUGAUCGCGCCAAGGUAGCCGGCAAGGGAAACAAAAGAUCCUAUAGUCCUGGUCAUUUGUACUACCUGGCCUUGGGAUAUGGUCCUGACGGUGUCGACGAUAUAAAGGAUGGUCGACAGGUUGAACAUUGGAUUGGUCCUGCUGCUCCUGUGUACGGCCUGACCAACAUCAAGGAUCGUCCACGGCAUUAUCGAUACAUAGCCGACGUUCAUCGACAUCAUCGCCCGCCAGGCGACGCUAUCCCCCCUGUUACGACACCCGCCGUGUUACUAGAGGACACAACUGCCGAACAGUUGCGCGGGAUCAUUACUGAGCUUUGGUCAAAUAGCCAACCUCCAAAGAACGAUCUCCAAGCGUACCAGAAAGUUUGGAAGCUCCUGCGCGACAAUCAGAAUCUUCAGAUGUCGCAGGCCGGUGUGGAAAUCAACUUGCCAGGUCCGACAAGAAGCGUGCGCAGCUUUCAGGGAGGUCCUGUGCUCAUUGACAUUGAGAGGAUUCAUAACCGUAUGCUUCCAAGUGUUUAUGGAUAUCCGAAUGCCACACAAUCACAGGGGACACCACAAAUACUGCCAAACCCGCCAUACCUACCGCCAGUACAAUACAGAGACCAUCAUCAACAAAAUGCAUCGGCACCGCAAACACAGCUAUAUCCACAUCCAGCGGCACAGCAACCAAAUGCCCAUACACAGCAGCCACAGCCAAUUCGACCAUCUCAAGGUCCAGCAGCAGGCUGGCAAGAGUAUGGAGGCUUUGAUCAACAGCAACCGGAUACUCAUACGCAGCAGCCACAGCCAAUUCGGCCAUCUCAAGACCCAGCAGACCAGCAUAUACAUAGUAGACCCGACAAAGAGGUGUAUGGCCAGUCGCAGCAAGGACAACAAAUGUCCCCAAACCAAGUUCCGCCAUACCAACAAGAUUGCGGAAACUUGGUUCAACAGCGAUUAGAUACCCAUUCACAGCACAAGGGCCAACCUCGAGAUCCAGCAGAUCAGCGAGAAAACGAAGAAGUUGCGUAUGAUCGAUACGUGGCUAACACCCUGCUGCGAGCACUACAAUCGCCGCCAGACCAAGGUAUAGCAGAUGGGCAAGAAACCGAAGACGUUGGACCCGGUCAACAUCGGCUCUCUGCUGAUGACAGUGCCAUCCUGGCUCUGCCCGGGGCUCAUGAUGUUGAAAAUGGCCAACAAGAGCCACUCACUGGUCCACAGCCUCAAGAUCAACCUCAAGAUGGAAUUGACAAAUUCAAAGAGAUGUCCUAUACAGAUCUUUUGAAUUAUAAACGCUCCCGGGUGAAUCGUGGGGAGCGCUGGCACAAUCCUCAAACCUCUAGAGGCGGCAAAAAGCCAUUCCAAGAGAGAAUGGCUCGCGGAAACCGGGUGCCCAAGAACGCAAACAAUCAAGAUGCUUUCAAUCCUUUCCUCGGUUUCACAUUCGGUCCGGACCAGAAACCUCGGUUUAAGGAAAAGCCAACGAGCUCACGCUGGAAGGUCUUCAAUCAUCUCGAGGGUAUUGACAUGGACGGAUGGCAUGAGUCAAAGUCUGAAGAGACUAAAGAAGAGUCUCGGCCGCGCCUCUUUUCCAUUGUCAAUGGUCAAACAAACCAACCAGCACCUUUACGUGAUGUUCUUGGUGACGUGCCUUACGAGGAGAAGGGUGAGAGGACGUGGUGUUAUUGCGCUGAGCCAGGAGAGUGCGGAAGGGGUAAAUGUGGCUCUUGGGACACUGGUGAGCAAGGUCAGGCUACUUGCCAGAGUUCUGCCCAUCGCAACACAGCACCAGGAUACUUCCCAGUAUGCAAUGAUUGUACCCGAGGCAACGUGAAGUACUUGUUCCAGCAUGAGCACAAUCCCAUAACUGAAGGUGAACUGCUCAGCAUGCGUGCUUAUCUCUGCAAUGAUUGUGCUGGUCAGAUGAGCAGCGGUGCUCCGAACGCGGCCCAGAAUCAAGCUGUCGGUGCCAGGCGGGUAUAUGGCAUUGCAGCUGAUGCAGAGCAUUACCAAAACAUGCAGAAACCCGUCAAUGACCCCUCGCAAGCCGCCAAGUUCAUCAGCAAUACCGAGGCUCUGACAGGCUGUUCGUGUGCCAACAGAAUGCUAGGAACAUCACUUUGCCAGUUCCAUAGAUUGUACUAUGCCGAAGAGGUUAUGAAACACUCGGCAUUGAUGCAAGAAUGGCGGCUGUCGCGCUUCAAGAAGGCAGUGUGUCCCAGUUGUCUUGCGCAAAAGCCUAGUGAGCAGGUCAAUGUUUCAGCGAACGUCGAUGGUUUUGUAACAGGCGCGCCGACGGCAUGGACUUGUCUUGUUUGCAAUGACUGGGUUGUGAAUGAACAGAACGACGGGAACAACCAGCCAAAGGCGAUUGACAAGCCGCUGUGGAAUCUAAAUAUCGGGCGCGAACUUCUCGAUCCGCGUCGAGAGAUAACCCCAGGCAGGGUUCUUGGGGAAGAGGUGUCUGUCUAG